GCCACAGUCUCGCCAUACCUUCACGGCCAUCACGAACAUACACUCAGGCUCCAUGGCUUUUCUAGGCUAUCCUGGGAACUGUAGUGGCGUAUCCUACAGAACUCACUAUUAUUUCCCAGUGACUGCUUCUGUUGCUCUUUGCUCCAGCGAUGUAAGCCCUACGUUUGGGCUCAGCCUACCCAGUAGCUACCACGGGAAUCUCUGGCUCCUGGAUAACUGCCAAGAAACUUGUGGGGAAGCCCCUACCUGUGAAUCUCCCAGUUCUGAGCCCAAGACCUGCACCACAACUUGUGACCAAUCAAACUCGUCUGUGCCCUGCAACUCUCCAACAGGGGGCCAAAUCUGCAGUGCCUGUGAAACGACCAACGUCGGACCCAGCCUCAGCUGCAAUCCAUGCCCUCAGACCAAGGGGUAUGUAUCUGAUGGCUGCACCCCCAGCCGACGUACAUCCAAAGCUUGCCAGACCCUCGGCAAUGGCUUUAAAUGCUUUGGGCAACUUAACUGCUUAUCCAAGAGUUUCCAGCCCCUAAGCCACUACAGACUGGGCAGUUUUGGAUACAGAAGCUACCAAGAUCUUGGCUUCAUACCCAGUGGCUUCUCAGCAUCACGAUAUAUCACCAACAGCUGCCAACGCCAAAACUAUUUAAUAAGAAAUAGCCAAUGUCCAUACGAUUGGCAUAGGAGAUGCCCUCCACUGAGCUGUUUUGUAAGAAACUUCCGGUCUCUAAGCUCUAUACCAAGUUCCUUCCCUCCUCUGAGGUAUUUAUAUGGUGGUUACAGACCUCUGAAUUGCUACCGAUCAACUUAUUGCAAUUAUAGCUGCUAGAAAUUGUCCCAAGGUGCAGGUGCCACCUUCUGUAAUAAUCUGCUGAAUUACUUCAUUUGUCUUAAGAAUCGUGUUCCGUUAACCUCAAAUAUAACUCCAGGACUUACUCACCACAACUGGUAUCACCAAUUGCUGUUUUUCUGUUGCUCUCUUAAAGCCCUUAGUGUUGAAGCCUGAUCCUGAAGGUACUAUUAUUGUUUCUGAGAUUGAAUACGAUGGACACAUAUUCCAUAUGAAAUACAGGCCAGUACAGCUUUCUUAUUUGGGUGGUCACCAUCACUUGUCUGCCAAUGCAACUUCCUGUUGAAGUGGAGUCUCCUUGGUCUGAUUGGUCAUUCCAGCACUUUCUUUCAAGAUCGUUUUGCUUUUCUAUCAGUCGUUUUGCUGCUUGACUAACUAGCAUCUUUCUAAUAAGCUAUAAGGUAACAUCAUCUUAGGUCUUCACAAGUGGCCUGGUGGUAAAGAUCCUGCCUGUCAAUGCAGGAGAUGUGAGUUUGAUCCCUGAGUUGGGAAGAUUCCCUGGAGAAGGAAAUGGCAACCCAUUACUGUAUUCCUGCCUGGAAAAUCCCAUGGACUGAGGAGUCUGGUGGGCUACAGAAUCAUCAAAAGAAUCAGACAAGAUUUAGCAACUAAACAACAUCAUUGCAAACAUUCAGAGUUGAGCUAUUUCAUCCUUCCUCCUACUGCCUGAAUACAAGAAUGUGCAAGCAGCAAUGUCCAACUAGACUUCAAAAUCAGAAGACCUUCACCAAAUCUUCCCUUCCAGAGAAGCCAGAACACAUAGGAUUGACUGGCAGUCAGCGUUUGUUCUCAGCGCUAAGAGAGAACCUCAGAGGUAGCAGAAACACAAACAUUGCUUGUUGGAAAAAUGACAAAAUAUUCUAUAGAUGCUUCAUGAAUCUAUGUUUAUGAUUCUGCUAAAAUUCUCCCCUGUUGAUUCAUUGCUUUCUGAUUGCCAAAACAGUUCUGGUACAUAGUUAGGCAACAAGUUUCUAUUAGGAAAUAAUGAUUUUCAUUUUGCUUUGUUUCAUAUUCACUAAGGUUUGAUCAGUGUUCUGGGCAAUAUGCAUGAUAUUUUUGAAGCACUAGUUUCCUGCGAUUUAUUUUCUAGCCUAAUUAAAAAUAUAAAGAAGAUGGA